AUGGCUGGAAUUGUGCGGAAAUUGUUCAAGAACAAAAAAACGAAAAAGGUGGAAAACGAUAGCGACGAUGAUUAUUCUGAACUAUAUUUCGUUCCAACGACGUCGUCCUCCACCCCAAAACCGAAAAAACCAUAUCAAUUCACAGCCGAUGUUCCUCUAAACAUCAAUACUCCAAAACUUCGUCACGACGAAACAAUCGAUAGUGAUUUGAGUUUCGAACAACCGACACACAAACGUCGACGUGUCAAUCAAACUACUUCUCAACGGGAUAUUUUUGCCAGUGAAGAUUCAAUUUACGAGUAUACUCAGUAUCAAUUGACAAAAUGGAAUCAACAAGAGGAACGGCAUCAGGAGAGACGAAAAAGAAAACGGGUUGAACGACAUCAAGAACAAGAAAAUUAUGUGCAUAGUGGGAUAGCUGAUUUCAAACUGGGUGUGCCGACUGUGGAAGAUGUUGAAAAGUUAAGAAAAGAAAGAGAUCAAUAUAAAAAAGAAAUGGAAAAAUACAAAGGAAAAUGUGAGGAUCUCGAGAAAAUAAUAGUGCAACUUCAAAGGAGACAACCUGCCGCACCUGUGUUUCAGCCAUUUUCAAAUUACAAUUUCUUCGGAGUUGGAAGCAAUUUCCCAUCAGUCUUCCAACCUUUUCAACCAACUUCUCUUCUUCAACAACAACAGUUACCACAACAAAAUGCGGGUCCUGUAUUCAAUUUCGGUGCUUCUUCAACUUCACAAAGUGUUCCUGAUCCAUUUUCAAACACUGCAUCAUCUUCCGACGAGUCAGUAUUGAAUGGAAUGGGCCCUGUUGGCCCGAUGGCUCCCCGUUACCCGGAUCCGAUAGACAAUUCGUUGCUAUUCCAGGAUGAUGAUACAUCGUUAAGCGAUCUGUCAAAUAGUUCAAAAAGCGAUAUUUCAGAGGAUCUCAAGUGA